UUUCCCUCGCCCCCUUAAACCCCACAAUAACCGUAAAAAGUGUUUGUCCGGUUGCGGGGUUUUGCUCUUUCAGACAGACAGCACAGCAGCUUGUGUUGGACCAAUUAACAGCAACGUCUGCGCGCUGCCCCGCUGAGCGUGUGUUCCUGGGCCGUCUCUGCGCACUCUGCCAGGACAGUCAGCUGUAGCUGCAGGACAAAAAGCACGACACGGCAUGAAGACGGUCAGGUCCACGAUGGGUUCGACUUGGGCUCUAGUCUGCUCCACCGCUUUGGUCUUGGUUUUACAGAGCUCAACAUCCAGAGGCCACAACAUUACACAACAGCGCGUGGUCACCUUUGAUAUUGCCGAGCUGAUGCCAGAGAUGGAGAGAAUCCCCUUGCAGAAAGAAGUGGACUUGUCACAUUUCUUUAACCCUGAGGAGUUUCCAAUAGAGCAGGUGAUGGUGUCUCCACCACAGCCUCCCCUGAAGGAGACAGGUCAACCAAGUUUUAGGCCUCGUUCUUUUAGUAGUCUUCCAGUGCCAUCUUAUCACGUUCAGUUUCCUCUCGGCCGACCAACGUCCGACAAUCUCCAAGCCAUCUGUGACCACAGCGACCAUCGUCCACGCUACCCGCCAUCCUUCUUUCCCGCCUCUGGUUUUGGAGUGGACAAGUUGAGGGCCGAUGCUGUCAAUGAUGCAGAGGCCUGGUUGAGCACAUGCUGCAAAGGGAUCCAGAUGUGGGAGAGGGAAGUGACCCUGUGUUGCGCCACACAGGCAUGGGAGUGGUCAGUUAAAAAGUACUGUGAGGAGGACCUUUCAAUAAAGCAUCCUUGGUAUCACUGCUGUAAACUCACUGACAACAGUAGGCUGAAGUGCUUCAGCGACGAUGCUCCAAACCCAAAUUAUGGGCCAACAGAGGAACUGCCAGUGCAGCCGCUUCCCUCUACCACUGAAUUCAACUUUGACCAGAAUGCUUGCCCAAGGACACAGGUCACUCUCUAUCGUAGCAGAUCAAACAGAAGAAGGAAGGUGACGAAAUCAUCUGCUCCCCCAAAAACUGACAUCAGCUUUCCUCCUGGACGGCCAACCGCAGAUACCAUUGAAUCCGUGUGUCGUAACCAGAAGCUUCGCCCCCUCUACACCAUCAAGUCCCUCCCAGGUUCAGGCAAUGAGAUGCUGGCUCGUCAGGCAAAGGCCAUUAAUCGUAUAGAAAAGGGAUUCAAACAAUGCUGCAAAAAUAAGAAGAGUGCGCUCAACUGUGCUGACCAGAAGUGGCGUGAGGAGCUGAACAAGUUCUGCUUGGCUGAAAAUGGUGGACAGGUGAAUUACCCCUGUUGUUCGGAGCAAAGUGAUCAAUACAGCUGUUUCCAGCAGAUGUCUCCAGACCCUUAUUAUAAUGUGACUUCUGCUCCUGAAGUGCUCUCACUGAGCAAAAUAUGUGACACUUACAAAAUCAUCAAGAAGAGAUUCCCUGUUGGGUUUCCCCUUAAGGGCUUUGUGACACAAUGCUGCCCCCUGUCUGAACAAGAGAAGACCGCUUGCUUUACGCGACUGCUUCAGGAAAUGUCACAGAAACUGUGUGUAUCAAGGAAGGCUACUCCCACUACUGUCCGCCGCUGCUGCAAACUGCCCUCACAAGAGACUCCAGAGUGCAUCUCCAAAAUUCUCAUGGAUGCCCUCACCAAAGCAGCCAACUUCUUAAGCCAGAAGAAGAGGAAAAGGUGCCUUAUCUCCUAAACCUGUGUCACUUUUGCAGCUGACCCCACUGGCGCUGGGCCGUCCAGUGGUAAGAUAGCAGCAGAUGUGGCAUUCAGUCAGUGAACAGAAGCAAUUUAUGCAACACAUAAAUGUUUGCAAGACAAAAAGAAAUGUAAAAUGUUGACCGAUUUCUAGCUUCAACUACUGCCAGUAUUCUGAGAUCAAAUGAGCAUUUCUACCAUUUAUACUGCAUACUUAAACAAGUAUACUGUUACAUGCAUAGUUAAAGCAGACUGUUGUCUGUGACACUAUUUUUCUCUAGGCUGCUCUUUGCGUAUAAAUUCAUUUUCUUGAUUCUUUUGGAAAUUCAAGAUCACUUCUUUUUUGUUUGUUUUUUUUGGUCAAAAUAUUUGAAAAAGCGACAAUAAAAAAACAUUUUUUUAAUUUUC